AUGGCCAAUCCCGUGCAUGCAUCGACAAACCUCAAUUUCCCCAGUGGCCGGCCACAAUCGGGGAAUCUUGAUGAGGGUACUCUUGAUACUAUCAGCAGUCGUGGUGGGCGAGUGACCAAACCAUCGUCGCCUCGCGCAAGUGUUACGCGCACGGACAGACUGCGCCGCAAACAUCAUUCUCAAACGCCGCGGGGUCGGCGGACACCGUCAAGUCAACUAGUUCACUAUGAAGAAUCAGCAGGCUUUUCAAUAUCAGGGGAACCAAAUUAUUCACACAGCCUUGGAAGCCCGCGGAUAGAAUUGAAGAGAAUCCAUUCGAGUCCGGUGGUGUUACCGAGCCCGAAUGGGAGGUCGCAUGGUGAUGUCAACAUGGUCUUAAAUGAGUUUCUACCAUUAGUGGAUGAAAAAAGGCUUUCUUUGGAGUAUGGAUUUCCUGAACCGAAUCAAUUAAAGGAGAGCCAGCCGAAGGGUGAGACGCAUUAUGACAUGGUGAAACAGUUGAAGACUAACCCAAUUACCCAUGAGCAAUUGGUCCCUGAGGUGCGGGGUAUCUAUAGAGGCCUUGCAAUGGUCGAGGAAAAGUGCAUCAAAUUGGACAAGGAGCAAUCCGAGUCAAAGGAGGAUCUGACGCCGGUUCAAUGGCAGGCUCUGAUCUCUAUACAUAGCACGUUACUUCAUGAGCAUCACGAUUUUUUUCUCUCCUCGCAACACCCUGUCGCUAAAAGUGAACUUACGGAACUCGCCGAAAAAUACUCAAUGCCAGCUCGCAUGUGGCGAUAUGGAAUCCACUCUCUACUCGAAUUACUACGGCAUAAGCUCCCUGGGUCUUUGGAAUACAUGCUACAUUUCAUAUACAUCGCCUAUAGCAUGGUCACCUUGUUAUUGGAGAACAUACCAUAUUUCAGGGAGACAUGGAUUGAAUGCCUCGGGGACUUAGCGCGGUAUCGUAUGGCUAUCGAAGAAUCGGACAUGAGGGAUCGGGAGGUCUGGGCAACAGUUUCACAAUAUUGGUACAAUCAAGAAGCAGACUUAAGUCAUGAUGUUGGGCGCGUUCAACAUCAUCUUGCGGUGCUUGCUCGUCCUGAUGCUCUGGCGCAACUUUUCUACUACACCAAGGCUUUACUCUGUCGUCGCCCAUUUCACAAUGCUCGUGAAAGUAUCGCCCUUCUCUUCAAUUCCAUCCGCGAGCAACAACGACAGGAAUCAAUGCCUGCGGCCCUGAUCGCUACACAUGGUGUUCUAUUCCAUAAAAGAGCUUCUGCAGAAUUCACUGUCCUCGCAAACAACUAUUUGUCUCUUCUGCGAAAGGAGAUUCCUCAGAUUGAUAAACAGGGACAGGGAGGCGCAUUUGUGAUGUCCAGUAACUUUGCGGCAGUCUUUCAAUACGGCGAACCGGAAAAUGACCUAGCGUUAGAAUUCCCACAGCAGAAGACUCAAGCCACAGCCGAGGAAGCAUAUCAAUUGGCGCUUCGAUGGACCACUCCCGUCUCUUCUGACGACACUAGCUCCGAAUUGAUACCCAACCCGGUCGAAGUCACGUCCAAGAUAUCCUCACCAGUUGCUUUCAAUGGAAGCGCUCUCACUUUCCAUACUAUGGCUGUCUUUCUGGAUCACUUAGGAGAUCCCAAUUCUUACGCAGGCAUUCACACUGGCCUAUCGUUUGUUUGGUCUUUAGCCAUUCAUCCACUUGCAAUGGAAAAGCUUGAACCAAUGAUUCCGUGGCUAAAAAUCAUCAGAUUUCUGAACACGCUACUCCGUCUGGAGACAAAUUUUGAAAUGAUUGAAGGACCAACCCAUCCCAGAUUUUCUAGGGAAAACGAGAACAUAAGGUUACGAAAUAGUACUAGGAUGGAGAGGGAGAGGAGGGAGAGGAUAACUGAGAAAGGUAGUGAGAAACAGGAUGAAAAAUUGGAGCCAGAGAUUCCAAAUCACCUGCCUGAGGAUUUCUUAAUCCGCGGUCAGGUGUGGAGUGAAUCAUAUUAUUCCGAGGAAUUUUUUGAGGAAGGACCUUUAGAGCAUGACAGAUCUUUCGUUGAACCACAGCUGCUGGGACUCUUUAAUCGUUGGAUCACGUAUGACCGUUUUAGGCCUGACGUUUUUGAAGCCACGCCGCUCACAAAGGGAUAUGCGCCAUUCGCGGAAACGUGUGGCGGACUCGACAGCAGCCCUCCACAAAUGGAGACUGGGAAGUUUCCCAAGGAAACAGCUGAUAAAUUCUCUGACAUGGAUUUUGAAAUGGGGGGAGCGUGA